AUGAGAAUAGAACAAAGAGAAUAUCACAAUAUAGCCGAAUUUUUUAAUCAAUUAGAGGAAGCCAAGAAAAAAUUUGAAGAAACUUAUAAAGCAAAAUUAAUUCCUUUUGAAAAGUAUUUAGAAAGAGAAUUAAAUAAUCCGGGAAAAAAACACUUAAUCGAAUUAUUUAAGCAGUUGGAAAUAGAUUUAAGGACACAUCAGGAGGUAUUUUGGGAACAAGUAGCGGGCAAACUAACUACUUUUCCCAGCCCCGUCGUAAGCGAAUUAGUUCAAGAAAAACUAGACCAAGUAAAAGAAUUUAUUGACCGCUCAUUUGCCGGUAAAAAAGAGUUUUGCGUAGACUGGCAAGCUUUUAAGGCUCAUGAAGAAGCAAUUGUCAAAGAUUUAGAAAUAAGAUUAACCGAAGGAAGCUAUAAAUAUUUACAUAAUCCGCAAUUGUUUUUGUCUACGGUUAAUACACAGACUACUAAUUAUAAUAAUACAGUCGGCAACAGCAAUACCGUGAGCGGAAAUAUAAAAGAAAUUGCCGAAAAUUUAGGAAUAUUCGGUGCACAACGGGCUCAUUUAACUAAAAACCAAGAAACCAAAAAAAUUGAAGAAGGAAUAAAAUUAAACGAAAUAGACCACUUCGAUGAAAAUUCUAAUGAUGAAACUCAAACUAGCGAUAAUAGUCAAACCAAUAAUGGAAAUAAUACCCAUUUCACUAGCCAAGAAAGCUUUAAUGUUGCCUUAUUACAAUGA